GUGUAGACUGAAGUCACGAGGCACCGCGAGAAAUCGACAGUGAAAUCAUCGCAACUCACUCACUCCAUCAAAAUCAUGGAGUUGCAGCUUUUCACGGUGAUCUGCAGCAUCUUGCUGCUGGCUCCACAGUUUGACAUUGCAUCUGCAGACAACCGAGAAGACUGCUUAUUGUUACCAGACCCAGGACCCUGUAAGGCCUCGUCCCGUCGCUAUUAUUACAACAAAUACACUCAGCAGUGUGAGAAAUUUAUCUAUGGUGGAUGCAGGGGUAAUGAAAACAACUUUGAAUCUGUGAGAGAGUGCAUAUCACAUUGCCAAAGAAUUAAAACAUUUCAAUUAUUUUGUUGUCUGAAGACAUUGUUUGAUGCUGAUUAUGAAGAGAUACAUUAUAUAAUGCAUUUAACAACAUUUUUUUUAAUUGCAGAGGUUCCCAAAAUUUGCAGGUUGGAGGCAAAUGUAGGACCAUGUCGCGCUUCCUUUACCAGGUAUUUCUAUAACUUUACAACAGCUCAGUGUGAGGACUUUGUGUUUGGUGGCUGCUAUGGAAACGCUAAUAACUUCAAAGACAUUUCAACUUGCCUGAAGGAGUGCAAACCAAUAUCAGUUUCACCCUCAUUCUGUUUCAAGCCCAAAGACAGAGGAUAUUGUGCAGCUGAAAUGCUGCGGUUUUACUUCAACAAAGAGAAAGGCUGUUGUGAGACAUUCAGUUACUCUGGCUGUGGUGGAAAUGACAAUAACUUUAUUUCUCUUGAGCUUUGCCAAAAGAUAUGUCAACCAUCUGACAGAAAAACAGUGAAAAUCAAGAAUGUUCCUGCACCUAAGAAAAUUAAACUAAAUCGAAGAAAGCAGUUUUUAACAAAUCCGAAGAGGAAGAAUUAAAUGCUUAACUUUCUUAACAAAAAGCUCCAGGUCUAGAGUUCUUACAGUUUUUUAAAACCUUGAUGAAAAAUCUAGACUGAAGUCAACUUUUGCUCCAUAUAUUUUAAACAUGACAAGAGGUGAUACAAUUGACAUCAAAUCCUCCCAAAGUAUUCUUAGUGUAGAGAUCUCUUCAGAUUACGCUUCUGUUACAUUUAUUUGGGUGUCACUAAUUUUGUUUAAGAAAAUAACGUAAAAAGGAAAGGAAAUUAAAGGAAUGAUUUGAUGCACCAACUGAACAUUUUUCAUUUCAUGCUUUUUUAUAUAAUUCUAAUAGAAGCUGUUAGAUGGCUGAUGCCAUACAUUUAGAGGGAGG